GGAAACACCCGACAACAGACUCGCCAAUAACCGCAUGCCAUACGGUUUAUGCCAUCAUAGGAAAUAGCGUAGGCGCCUACCAGUGCUCUCGCAUAGCAAAAAGCUACCAGUGCUCUCUCACACACUCACACACACUCCCUGUGCUGUAGGAAAACGGAUAUAUACUCGCCAUUCACUGGCACUCUCUCUACGGAUAUAUACUGUGUUAUUGACAACGCGUUCGCAACCAUAGCCCGCAUUUGUGUCCACUAUUAUAGCCAUUGAAAGCUAUUUGUGAACACUUUUCGACAUUUAUUUUGCUAUUAAUUUGUUUGCCGACUAAGUGGAAAAGUCUGGAGAGAUGUCACUGAUUGACAUAACAACGGGUCCGCCGAUGGACACCAUGGACUUGGCUCAGGAGAUGUACACCAAACGCAAAGUAGGCCGUCCCAUCACGUCGGAGCGUACGCUCGCACGGAAUUUCCCGGAAAUCGAUGAAAUCCGCGCCAAACUCUUGACCGGCGAGUGCUUCGCCCGCAUGAGGACCAGCGGUUCCAGUAGUGAUGUCUGGCAGCUGUUCGAGGAGAUAGCCUUCGCCGACACCCAACUGUUCACCGGUAUUGUCCGGUGCAAGGCCUGCCAAUUCAUGACCAGAUAUCACGGACAGAUCACCGGCACAUCCCAUAUGCGAAGACACCACUGCUUUCGCGAGACAUUUCCCGAGGCUUUCGUGAAUUCGCCGAAAAUCACACCAAAUGUGUCGAUAAAUAAAAUGAAAAAAGAGCCCAAACUGACGAUAAGCCGGAGUCCGUACGCCAUGCCUCUGGUGACCGGUUCCCUCAUCAAAAACCAGGACACCAACGGCUCAAACUCUGGUCCCAAAGUGAUCGCCAACACCAACCGCAUCGCUAACAUCAAGUCAGAGCUGAGGGAACGGAUCCUCCAGUUCUGUUACAACGAACUCAUAACCAUCGACGCCAUGACCGGCGACUCAUUCAAGGCGAUGGUCCAGUCGCUGAUCAAACUGUGCACAGCGGUGGGCAAAGGGACGGUAGCCCUGCCGGACAGGUCGCAACUGUACGCCCAGAUGACCGGCCAAUACAAUCAGUGCAAGAAUCGGGUCAAAGAGGAUCUGAACGCCGCUCUGCAGAAGAAUAUCGGCGGCGCUCUGGUCUGCGACUCGGAGGACGACCUCUGCGUGAUCUCCACCUACUAUAUCAACUCUAACUGGACUCUAGUCGAGAGCAUACUGUCCGCUACGGCCACGGGUAGUGAUAUCAACACAUUCAUCAGCCAUACCUUAGAUGACUUCGGUAUCAACGAAGACAAUAAACUGGCGAAAUUCACGUUCAUAUCCAGAGGCGGACUCUUUGAUGGUGUGUCCAUGUGUUUGACAUCCAUGGCGCACGUCAUCGACGGUGUCAUCGAGAGCGCCGUCUUCGGCGACGACACCUACACAGAGAUCGUCGAGAAUUGUCGCGUAAUUUGCGGCGAAUUAAGACUCGAUGUCGACUCCUAUGCCAUCGAUUGGGUCAACAAAUACGAGGCGAUGAGGAAUGUGAUCGAAAAUCGGCACAAAUUCGAGCUCAAGAACUCGUCCCUCGACUUGGAUUUAGUCAAGUUUUUAGCCAACUUUUUGGCGCCCUUUAAGGCGGCGUCCGUCGAGUUGAGGCAGUGCUCGCGGCACCCGACCCUCAAUCACGUGCUCCUCUGGUACUACAAACUGCUGAAGCACUUGAACUCCACUCCCGACGACGACACGCUGGCCAUUGGCCUCAAACAGGUGAUCAAAGCGGGAAUGGAGCAGAACUUUCAGCUCCAGCCCUUCCAUAAGAUCGCCGCCUUUUUGUGGCCCAACUUUCGGUUCCUGAAGAUGUUAUCCGCUGAGGAGCGGGAAGAGGUGCACAACGAGGUGCGCGCCCUCAUCGACAGUCGUAUCGCUGAGGAGGACGGGCCGGGCGCUGGUGCUGCGAGUGAUCCCAAGAAGUCUAAAUCGGAUUUCGACGAGUGGGAGGACCAGCAGGACUCGGAACAGGACGAGUUGAAUAAGUAUAUAUCGGUGCAGUUGACCACAUGUAACGAGCAAAACAUACUGGUCUGGUGGCGGGAGCACCAGUCGGACUUUCCCAAACUGUCCCAUUUGGCCAAAUGGAUACUAUCCAUACCGGCGUCGGUGACAUCGUUGGAGAGGUUCCGGUUAGAGUCGAGCGCUAAUGUGACCCCUGAGCUCCUGUUCAUGCACUGCAACGCGCCGUUUAAGAGGAGUUUAGUAAUGGAUAAGUCGACUAAGACUUCGUGGCAAAAGAAAAUGCAGAUUAAAAAUGACAAAAAGAUUGUCAAACUCUAUGAGCAGGAGAUUAAAGACGCCAAACAGCAAGAGAUUGAGGCGAAAAGAGUCCGAAGAGAAGAGAAUAAGCGCCGGAAACAAGAAAACGCCCGCAAAGCUGAGAUAACUCAGCCGAUUAAAAAUCCAAAGAAAUUGAAGCGAAUCGCGAAGAAACAGAUGAAACAAAUGAGAAAAGUCCGCAAGAAUUGAGCCGAAGGUUCGUUAGUCACUAACCUGUUGGUCGGACUCAGACUUGAAUUGAAUUGAAUUAUCACUGAAUAUAUAGUUAGAGCCAAAAGAUGUUUUAUAUUUUGUAUGACUUAUCAAUUCAUUUAUCGCAUCAAUAAAAUUCAUUGAAAUUAA